AAAAGUCAAAUAAAACAGGUUUCCUAGUCAAAGAAAAAUCAAUUUAAGAUGGCAUAAAACGUUUUCCGGUUUUCCUUUUUCCAAAACCGGUAAACAUUUUCGGAAGAAGGCGAGCUUCUUCGAUCUCUUCGAUUCACCACGCCUCUCCUCCCACCGGGUUGAUAAUAGCAUAGAUUUCAAAGAUGUUGGAGCAAUUACUGAUAUUUACUAGAGGAGGAUUAAUCCUCUGGACAUGUAAAGAGCUAGGGAAUGCUCUUAAAGGAUCUCCCAUCGACACCUUGAUCCGGUCCUGCCUUUUGGAGGAACGUUCUGGUGCUGCAUCAUACAAUUAUGAUGCUCCAGGUGCUGCAUAUACUCUGAAAUGGACAUUCCACAAUGAACUGGGCCUUGUAUUUGUUGCUUUGUAUCAACGGAUCCUCCAUCUUUUGUACGUGGAUGAUCUUCUUGCUAUGGUGAAGCAAGAAUUCUCGGCAAUUUAUGAUCCAAAGCAGAUUGUUUAUAAUGAUUUUGAUGAUGUAUUUCGGCAGCUUAGGAAGGAGGCUGAGGCUCGGGCCGAAGAAAUGAAGAAAUCGAAGCCAGUGAAUCAGCCUACAAACAAUAACAUCGGUAAGAAGCAGGGGCAGGUUCAGAAGUCUGGGUUUCAAGGAGGCAAUAAAAAAAAGAGCAGUGGUGAAUCUGAUGGUGGGGAUGGUGAAAAUAAAAAUGGUCGCAAAAAAGAAAAUGAACAUUCUAAUGGGAAUCAUGUUGCAAUUGAUGAGUUGCCCACAACAUAUGUUGCUAAUGGUAAAGAGAAUAAUGGGGCUUUCGAUGUAAAUAAGCUACAAAAGCUAAGAGCCAAAGGUGGGAAGAAAACUGAUACUGUUGUUAACAAGAUUUCCAAAGAAGAGCCAAAGAAAAAGAUAACAAAAAAGAAUAGAGUUUGGGAUGAAUCACCUCCAGAGUCAAAAUUGGAUUUUACUGAUCCGGUGAGUGAGAAUGGGGAUGAGAAUAUAGCAGUUGUGGCAGCAGAUGUAGGUGAGAGUAUGAUGGACAAAGAUGAGAUUGUUAGUAGUGACAGCGAAAGUGAGGAAGAGGAGGAGGAAGAGAAUGAUAGUAAGACUGAAACAAAGAAGAAAGGGUGGUUUUCUUCCAUGUUCCAGAGUAUCGCUGGGAAAGCUAAUUUGGAGAAGGCAGACUUAGAACCAGCAUUGAAAGCUCUCAAGGACAAGCUCAUGACCAAGAAUGUGGCAGAGGAGAUAGCUGAAAAACUUUGUGAAUCUGUGGCAGCAAGUUUGGAAGGUAAAAAGCUUGCUUCCUUUAUGAGGAUAUCUUCAACAGUACAGGCAGCAAUGGAAGAGGCCCUUGUCCGCAUUUUAACUCCUAGCCGUUCGAUUGACAUUUUGAGGGAUGUGCAUGCUGCCAAGGAGCAAAGAAAACCAUAUGUCGUGGUUUUUGUUGGAGUUAAUGGAGUUGGAAAAUCCACCAAUCUUGCUAAGGUUGCGUACUGGCUUCAGCAGCAUAAGGUCAAUGUCAUGAUGGCUGCAUGUGAUACAUUCCGUUCUGGAGCUGUUGAACAAUUGCGAACUCAUGCACGUAGACUCCAGAUUCCCAUUUUUGAGAAGGGCUAUGAAAAAGAUCCAGCAAUUGUAGCGAAGGAAGCAAUUCAAGAGGCCACUCGAAAUGGUUCAGAUGUGGUUCUUGUUGAUACAGCUGGUCGAAUGCAAGAUAAUGAACCGUUAAUGAGAGCUCUAUCAAAGCUUAUCAACCUCAACAAUCCAGAUCUUGUCCUGUUUGUUGGGGAGGCACUGGUUGGGAAUGAUGCUGUGGAUCAGUUGUUGAAGUUCAAUCAGAAAUUAGCAGACCUCUCAGCCUCUCCGAAUCCCCGCUUGAUUGAUGGAAUAUUGCUCACCAAGUUCGACACCAUUGAUGAUAAGGUUGGAGCAGCACUGUCGAUGGUUUACAUAUCAGGAGCGCCUGUCAUGUUUGUUGGCUGUGGACAGUCAUAUACCGACCUCAAGAAGCUCAAUGUCAAGUCCAUUGUCAAGACCCUCCUUAAAUGAGAGUAUGAGUGCUGGUCUCACCAUCUUUUGGAUACUUCUGCAUGCUCUUUAAGUCUGUUUUGAACAUCUCUGUGUCUAUGCUACAGUCUAUGUGCUGUUCCUGUGUGAUCUCAUUACUUUGAUUUUGGAGGUGAAUUGUUAGUUGCUUGUGUCUAGAACUUCUCAAAUUUUCUCUCUCUCUCUCUCUCUCUCUCUCUCUCUAUAUAUAUAUAUAUAUAUGUCAAUGUCCAUCAAUGGUGGACACCAUCUCCACCUCAAUUUAUUUUUUCCA